AUGACGUACACGAAGCCCGAGGUGGGAGAGAGGUGCUGCAUCUGCAAGAGAUUACAAGAUGAUAUAUCAUGCGCUUUGUGCUGCAAAAGGCGGACAGAUGAGAAGAAAUUCAAGAAGGAAAUUGCAGAAGCUUUGGAAGGGCAUAGGAGGAACCUGAAGCAAGCCAUUGUCAUCCUGGAGAAUGCGAGGAAUGUCUUGGAGCCAACAUACAAGAGGAAAUUGGACAAAAUUUUCGCAAACAUCUUUCUCUGCCUUGAUGACCCGGAUGCUUCUCUGAAGACAAGUCGUUGGAUGCCAGGCAAACUGAGUCAGUACUGGAAGUGUCCGUCGUUUAACCUUUCAACCAUCAGUCCAGCUGCAAAUGCAGAAUGGAUGAGCAUUCCUGUGUCAAUUUGUGCAGAUCAAAUCACCAAGUCAGCUGCCAUAUCUCUUCGAGAAAGCGGCCUCGAGCACCUCAACGUGUCAUGCAAUGCAAAGCUGAGAAAGAUUGCUGUGAAGAUAAUCGACAGAGGAGAGUAUUACCUCAUGAAGUACCUGAGAAUGGUUUGA